AGUGAACUAUUGCUGGUACAAUCAAACAAACCUAAAACCUUAAACCUUAAUCAACGGAGAGAAGAUCUAAAACCCUGCUACCAUAAUCCUAAAAUGGCGCAUAGAAUUCUGAGUAGCAUGCGUAACACAUCGUCCUCCUCCUUCUUCUCGCAUCCUCACUAUCACCGUACUCCAUUACAGUAUCGUACGAUAUUCGCCACAGCCCAUCUCGAUGGGUCAUGGAUGGACACCAUUAAAGGGGUUUUCACCGGCAAGAAGUCCACCUCUGAUUCAACUUCUUCUGAAGCUUCCUUUACACUCCAUCGUUUUGCUGAUGAGAUGGGCAAGGCAAGGAAGGUAGGAGCUUUGAAGCAAUAUGUAGUUGGUAGGAGUAGUGAAGCUACAUUUGCUGAUGCUUUUGAGAAGCAAGAAGCAAUUCUUCGAUAUCUUGGCAACAUAGAUCCCAAUGGAGAGAAUCUCCAAGUCAGUCAAAAACAAGAAGCAGCAAAGCAUUGUAAGUGCACGGUGGCUGAUAUUGAGAAUACCUUGGCAAAGUUUGUGUGGGCUAAAGAAGCGCAGUUGAAAUUACAAAAGUUAAAGAAAGAGGGAAAGCCUAUGCCAAAGUCCAUGGCAGAGGUCCAGAAGUUGAUGGGAUCUACACCAUUGGAUCUUGCUAGAUCAAAUAUGGCCCGGAGUGGUCAGAUUAGUAGAAACGCUUUUUGCCCAUGCGGUUCCAAAAAGAGAUACAAAAGGUGCUGUGGACAAAACAAAUAGCUGGCAUGCAGAGGGAAAAUUUUUGAUUCUGUUGAAUUAUUUAGACAUCAUCAACUGAUCAAUGAUUAGUGUUCAGACUUCAAAGGGGAUCUUUGUUUUGGCCAUGGUACACAAAAGUUUUACAGAUUUGAUCUUCUCUUUGGUUCACCGCAAUGAAGGUUACUCGCAUUUGGAACAUCAUCAUCUCUAUGUUUGUCAUAAUUGAAGAGUCUGCUAAGUUUGAUUUGAUGGACGUACUGUAAGAGCAUAUUUUUCGAUGGCCAUUGUUUUUAUCCCGAUAAACAAAUACAUUACUUGUGUAGAAUUACCCUCUUCUCUUUAAACUUUAACGAUCAUGUAUGGUUGGUUCUUCACGAAAUGACCGAAAUUGCUCCUGGUGGUAUUGAUUUAUUGCUCCCCAGGCGCUGGAUAUAUUGAAUAACGGAUUAACAAAUAGAUGUGUAUGUUGAUUUCAAGAUUUUAGAGUGUAGUGACCAGAGAACAAAUCAGUCCAGCAAAUUGCUAUUUAGCGAUAUGUUCUGAUCCCAGAUGACCAUAUGCACCAUUGCUCCUACUCCUACUAUAUAGCUUUUGUUUUUUUAGUUCUCAGGAAUA